AUGGUUGCAUGGUUGAGAGUAGACACGCAGACCAUACUUACAAUAGCAGGACACGUAAUAACGAAAAAUCAUAGAAUUGGUAUAACACAUAGCGAUCAAAGAACAUGGUCGUUACAUAUAAAAGAAGUUAAAGAAACCGAUCAGGGAUGGUACAUGUGUCAAAUAAAUACGGAUCCGAUGAAAAGUCAAACGGCACAUUUACAAGUCGUAGUUCCACCGGACAUAUUAGACUAUCCAACAAGUAUGGAUAUGGUAGUGAGAGAAGGAAAAGAUGUGACGCUACGUUGUGCAGCAUCCGGUUCACCUAAACCAACGGUAGCAUGGAGAAGAGAAUCUGCUCGAGGGAUAUCACUCGGUAACGGAUCAUUCGUGCAAACGGUCGAAGGUACAAUGUUACACAUUCCAAAAGUAACAAGAUACGAUAUGGGUGCUUAUCUUUGCAUAGCAUCAAAUGGUAUACCACCAACCGUUAGUAAAAGAAUUCUUCUUAUCGUACACUUUCCACCGAAUAUUUGGGCGGGAAAACAAUUAGUCGGAGCUGUGGAAAAUCAAGCGGUCGCGUUAGAAUGUCACGCGGAAGCUUUUCCGAGAGCAAUUAAUUAUUGGGUUAAAGAAAAAGGUGAAAUUUUAAACGAAGGUACGAAAUACAAACCGGUUUUCGAAGAGACGUCAUAUAAGGUCGUCAUGAGACUCGUCAUAAAAAACGUGACGUCAAAAGAUUACGGUUCGUACAAAUGCAUAUCGAAAAAUUCAUUGGGUGACACUGAGGGUACGAUGAAACUUUAUCAAUAA